GAGUCGAGGGCAGGAACGAGGAAGUGCGAGCGUCCCGGGAUUCAACCCUAAAUACUGCAGUGAACGGGCGCAGAAAUGUCAACACCCGCGGCGGAGUCAGGUAGGGGGACUCACCGGAAGAGUGGCUCCCGGUUCGGUGUUUACGGUGUGUGUGCGGGUUGAGACGGGACGGGACUAUUGGCAAAGGGCGCUGCCGCGUCCUGGACAUUAUGCGAAACCGGGUACCGAGUAAACCCGAUGACGCGUCAGCCGAGCUGAGGAUGGCGGUGCUGGGCCGGACCGGGGAAGGGAGGAGGUCUGCCGUCAGCUCUAUCCUGGGCCUGACCGACCCUCCACAGGGCGCGGGGGCUGCCGUCCAGCAGGAGUGCAGCAAGCACCGAGGAGAGGCUGCUGGCAGACGGGUGGUCGUCGUCUCAAGUCCAGUCUGGUUGGGCUCAGGCUGCGACCCCGAGGAAAGGAGAAGACACAUCUCCUCCUUCCUCGCCUUGUCCAGCCCUGGACCGCAUGUCUUCCUGCUGUGUGUGCCCGUGAACCAGCCGGCCGACGGAGAGGCCAAUGCGCUGGACGUCCUGGAGAAGCUGUUCGGUCCUUCUGCCGUCGACACAAACGCCAUCGUGCUCUUCACCCACACCGAGGAGCUGGAGGAGGACGAGCAGCUGGGUAGUUACCUCGCCACAUGGCGCAAAGACCUCCUGGAGCUGGUGGAAAGGUGCGGAGAGCGCUACCACACCCUGGAGACCCGCGGAGGGGGAGCAGAGGAGGGGAAGGCCGCCGAGGAGCUGCUGGAGAAGGUCGAGCAGGUGGUGAGAGCGAGCGGGGCGCAACACUGCAGCUGUCCUCUGUACCAGGAGGCGGAGGAAAGAGUGCGAGAGAGGCAGGUGGAGAUCGUGAGGCGGAGGAGAGGAGGGGACAAGGUGGCCCCCACAGACCUGCAACCGGAGGGAGAUGUCACGGAGGAAGAAAUGGAGGCGGUCCGGGAUGAGGCGGAGAGGAGCGUAGGUGAUUUGAAUGUGGAUGUGGAGAGUAUCUUCCCCCCCUCGCCUCCCCCACCUGCUCCCUCUUUUCUCUGGGGCUUGUGGGAGAAGCUGACCGGCUGGACGAGGUGGCUGCCCCGAGUCCUGAGAAGGGAGGCCCUGCUGGGAGCACUGGUCGGCCUGUUUGUGGGAGGGCCGUUUGGAGGUAUGAUGGGAGCUACGGUAGGAUCAGUGGCUACCGAGGUGGCGAGAAGAAGAACACAGAAAACUAAGUGAGACAUAAUCUCAUGUUAACGUGUCAUGCAUUUAGUCGGACCUUAAAGUCGCUUCACUGUGUUCAGCACGCCAUUAGCUUUAUGGGUCAAAUAGUAUUCAUGCUUGACCACUGAGCACCAGUACUUAUGUUUUCCAUUUCAGAAGGGAUACACUUCUAUAAUGAAGCAAUCUCCUCAAUCGUGUUAUCCAAUGGCUGUAUUAAUGAUGAAUAAAUCAUGCUUAACAGAUCAGUAACAACCCAUUAAUGAGGUUAAUAACAUCCAUUCGCAUUGUGUUCAUCUUCCUCAAGUAUAACUUUCUUCAUCAUUUUUUACGUAGCUGAGUUAUUCAGCGCGAUGAUUUAAACUUCAGUAACUCACUCAGUGACUGAAGUUAUGAAUGCAAACGAUAAAUAAAGUUGUUUUCCACGACAGUACUCCAA